AUGAAUAGCGACAAUAAACCCGAUAUUAUUGUUGCAAACAAUGGUGGUAGCUCCGUCGGUGUUCUUCUCAAUGCAGGCAGCGGCACUUUUAAUGCCCAAACUGUUUACUCAGUUAAUAGUAGCCCCGUGUCAGUAGCAGUCGUCGAUGUGAAUAGCGACAAUAAACCUGAUAUUAUUUUUGCAGACCAGUUUUCGGACAACGUCUGCGUUCUUCUCAACGGAGGCAGCGGCACUUUUAAUGCUGAAACUACUUACUCAAUUGGUGGUGAUCCAACAUCAGUAGCAGUCGUCGAUGUGAAUAGCGAUAAUAAACCCGAUAUUGUUGUUGCAAACGCUGAUUCAAACAACGUCGGUGUUCUUCUCAACACAGGCAACGGCACCUUUAUUGCUCAAACUACUUACCUAGUUGAUAGUCAUCCAUAUUCAGUAGUAGUCGUCGAUGUGAAUAGCGACAAUAAACCCGAUAUUGUUGUUGCAAACCAGGUUUCGAACACUGUCAGUGUUCUCUUACAUUGUUAA